GAAUAAUGUAUAAAUUUUAUUGUAUGUUGAGGGUAUAAUAGAUUAGUAUUUGAGUUUAUGAAAUUGAAAAGGAACGUUUUUGAAAGAUAGAAAUUAAUGGAAAUAGGAAGGUGAAAUGGGUAUGAAUAAUUUAUAAAUAAUAUAGUAAAUAAUAAUAAUAAAAAAAUGUAAGAGGGAUAGAAAGAAUAAGAAGUAGGUAAAGUUUAUGAUAGAGAUACAUUAAUGAAAGAAGUUGAUAUGUUGAUAUCUUAAAAUUAAUAUGGUUAAGCAGAAGAGAAGUUAACAGAUUAUUUACAAUAGAACAAAUCUGAUUCAGAAGCAUUUAAAAAGAGAUCGAAUAUAUAUUUGAAGAAUGGUAAAUAUAUAUAGGCAUUACAUGAUAUUGAGAGUGCAAUGUUAUUGGAUUCUUCGAUGCCUUGUUGCAAGAGUAGUUAUGAACAUUAUUAAAUAAAGAAGGGAUUAAUGAGAAUGAGUAAUGAUAUUUGAAUUG